UAGCCCCCCAUCUCUCUCUCUCACAAUUGCUAGAGAGUUACACUUAGGAUUGCUGUCAACAAUUUACAACCUUUUUGUUUAUACAGAAAAGCUGAAUUUCAUUUCCAAUUUACCUGGUAGUUGGAGUAAUCAAUAGGAAUUGAAAAUGGCCCUCAAUUUGCUUUCUCCUGCUGAAAUUAAGUCAAUCUCUUUCUUGGACAAUUCAAAGUCCAGCUACAAUCUUAGCCAUCUUAAGUUUACAGGUGGACUGUCUAUCAGAAGAAAGGAGUGCAGUGGGGCAUUUGCUAAGAGAGUUCAGUGUUCAGCACAGCCGCCGCCACCUCCUGCCUGGCCUGGAAGGGCUGUUGCUGAGCCAGGAAGGCAGAGUUGGGAUGGUCCAAAGCCUAUCUCAAUUGUUGGGUCGACUGGCUCUAUAGGAACUCAGACACUGGAUAUAGUCGCUGAGAAUCCGGACAAGUUUAGAGUUGUUGCACUUGCUGCUGGUUCAAAUGUGACUCUUCUUGCUGAUCAGGUCAAAACAUUCAGGCCAAAAUUAGUUGCUGUAAGAAAUGAAUCAUUGGUUGAAGAACUCAAAGAUGCUCUUGCUGAUAUGGAAGACAAGCCUGAGAUUAUACCUGGGGAGCAGGGUGUGAUUGAGGUUGCCCGCCAUCCUGAUGCUGUCACUGUAGUUACAGGAAUAGUUGGCUGCGCAGGUUUGAAGCCUACAGUGGCUGCCAUCGAAGCAGGAAAAGACAUUGCUUUGGCCAAUAAAGAGACUUUAAUUGCUGGUGGUCCAUUUGUCCUUCCUCUUGCACACAAGCAUAAAGUGAAGAUUCUUCCUGCAGAUUCAGAACAUUCAGCUAUAUUCCAGUGCAUACAAGGCUUGCCAGAGGGUGCCCUUAGGCGCAUUAUAUUAACUGCAUCUGGAGGGGCUUUCAGGGACUGGCCAGUUGAGAAGUUGAAAGAAGUUAAAGUAGCUGAUGCUUUGAAGCAUCCCAAUUGGAACAUGGGAAAAAAGAUUACUGUUGAUUCUGCCACCUUAUUCAAUAAGGGUCUUGAAGUUAUCGAAGCUCACUACCUUUUCGGAGCUGAGUAUGACAACAUUGAAAUUGUCAUCCAUCCCCAAUCCAUCAUACAUUCGAUGGUGGAAACACAGGAUUCAUCAGUAUUGGCACAGCUAGGGUGGCCUGAUAUGCGUUUGCCCAUCCUUUAUACUUUAUCCUGGCCUGACAGAGUUUACUGUUCGGAGAUUACUUGGCCUCGGCUUGAUCUUUGCAAGCUCGGAUCAUUGACAUUUAAAGCUCCUGAUAAUGUAAAAUACCCAUCCAUGGAUCUUGCUUACUCUGCUGGGCGCGCCGGAGGGACCAUGACUGGAGUUCUAAGUGCAGCAAAUGAGAAGGCAGUGGAAUUAUUUAUUAGUGAGAGAAUUAGCUACUUGGAUAUUUUCAAGAUUGUGGAGUUAACAUGCGCGAAGCACCGGGAAGAGUUGGUGUCUUCUCCAUCGCUGGAGGAAAUUAUACAUUACGAUUUGUGGGCUCGAGACUACGCAGCCAGUUUGGAACCAUCAUCUGGUUUGAGUCCAGCUCUUGUAUGAUUUGUUUCUUCGGUUAGCACCCAACAUGUUUACCCAGUAAAAGGAAAUUGUUAAAAGGGUGGGGGAAUAUGCAAAUAUGUAUGUGUAAUAUGAUUAGGUUACAUGUACUACAUCAUCACCCUUUUUGAGUAAAUUCAUUCCUUUUUUGAUA